UCGGAAAAGUAAGCUCUUUACAAUUUUCGACAAUGUGUUCCGCCAUUUUGCUUGAUAGAGGAGUGAACGUAAAAUAAAUUCCAUGUAUUUUAACGUGGAUAGAGACUAUUUAUAAUAAAAAUUAGUGUUCACACACACUAAUGGCUUGCUUAAAUACCCUUAAGUUAGAAAUUAAAACAUUAGAACAAGUGUUUCCAAAAAACCAUGAACGUUUUCAGAUAAUGUCAGCUAGUGUCGACGAACUGACCUGCAGGUUCGUUGGCAAAAAUGGAAAGAAAUAUGAAAUACACGCAAACAUAACUGAAACAUACCCCACCACACCACCAGUCUGGUUUGCAGAAAGUGAGGAUCCAAUUGUGACAAAUGCUGUUCAGAUACUCACUAACACUCAAGGACGAGACAAUCAUGUAAUAAACCAGGUUGGGAUAUUGCUGCGAGAGCUAUGCAAACUACAUGGAGUACCAGAACCCCCAGACUUAGAUUCAUUAUCCUUGCCAGUACAUCCAGCGCCCCCUCAACACAGAGUACCAAGUGUCACAUCAAAUGGUGCUGAAUCUGGUACAGAGGAAGAUGAGGAAAUGGCAGCUGAGGAAGAUGACUCUGAAGGAGAAGAUGACUUGCCACUUGAGAUGGUUGAAGAUGCUGGCCGUAGCAACAAGGAUGACAUGGAAACUGAACAUUUAGCGACACUAGAGCGACUGAGACAGAACCAAAGGCAGGACUAUCUAUCCGGCAGUGUGUCUGGCAGUCUCCAAGCCACGGACAGACUCAUGAAGGAGCUCCGGGACAUAUACCGUUCACACUCUUUCAAGAAUAAUAUGUAUUCCAUUGAAUUAGUAAACGACUCACUAUAUGAAUGGAACAUCAGACUGCGCUCUGUGGAUCCUGACAGUCCACUACACAACGACCUCCUCCUGCUGAAAGAAAAGGAGGGAAAAGACUCUAUUCUUCUCAACAUUAUAUUCAAGGAAACUUAUCCAUUCGAGCCGCCUUUUGUGCGUGUUGUUUAUCCUAUAAUCUCAGGAGGCUAUGUAUUAGUCGGAGGUGCGAUAUGUAUGGAGCUAUUAACGAAGCAAGGCUGGUCAUCCGCGUACACUGUGGAAGCGGUGAUCAUGCAGAUAGCCGCCACCCUGGUGAAGGGCAAGGCUCGGAUCCAGUUCAGUGCCACCAAAGUUGUUUCACAGACUCAGUACAGUCUGGCCCGUGCACAGCAGAGCUUCAAAUGUCUUGUUCAGAUACAUGAGAAAAAUGGUGAGCAGUUUAUUAUGUAUCUAUGUAAAAAUGACUUUAACCAAAACUUAUCUUUUACUUUUUGUUUUUUUUUUAAACUGGCUAUUGAAUAUCAUUAAGACUGGUGUUGAGCUGUGUGCUGUCUAAUAUAUUUAGAUUGCAUUGUAUUUGAUCUAUCACAGUGCACUACCAUCUAUCUAUCAUGUUAUAUCUUGUAGUGGAUAUGAAGAAGUCAUGUGGUUUGUGAUAUAACAAAUCCUCAAUCCAACCCAAAAAUAAUUGAAGGUUGCUAAUUAGCAUUCACCUUAGGAUACUGAUAACUAUACUGCAUCAAAUAAGCUGUGAUGAUGUAUUGUGGUCAGAGUGUAAUAAUGAUAGAUGGGAUAAUAAAAAGACACUUAAUUAGUUUAUUAAUAAAUUUAAUGAGUACGUUCAUAUGAUAUUAUUUUGAAUUACAUUCUUGAAAAGCUUUUUUAAAUCCAAAUAAUUGUUGACUAUAGUUAGUUACAAAUACAAUGAACAAAUUAAUAAAAACAACAUUUAAUGUAUUUUUUUAUUGAAGAAAUGUCUGAAUACGAACUAAACAUGAUUAGUACAUAUUUUUAACAUAAACUCUGUUGUGUAAAAAUAUAUGAAUGUUUAAUAUAUUCUGUUUUCCAACAACAUAAUUACUAUCGUAAAUACGUACAUUAUAACAAACUAGCUGUACCCGUCCGCUUCGCUGGGUAAAAUUAACAUUAUUAUUUCUCACCCCCACAAAGAUUCUGAUCAUUAACGCCCCCGCAACUGGUGUAGGGAGUCCAACACUCAUAUAAAUAUUAGCCUAUCCUUUAAGUAUAUGUAUUUUCUACAUGGAUACCAAGUUUCAAGUCAAUCGGAUGCACGGUUCAGUAGUUAUAACGGAACAUCCGUAAAUACCACUGUAGAUUUAUAUAUUAGUACUGGCGACCCGCCCUCGCUUCGCUUCGGAAAUAUUAAAUUUUAUUAUUGAUAGUUGAGUCCCGCGAUGUUACCCGCGGUUAUUGUAGUACAGCGGGCGACGCCGCGGGGCCAAGCUAUUCUAAAAAUGUUUAAGUUACUCCUUAUAUCAUCAGCUACCUAUUACUGAAAGUCUCGUCAAAAUCGGUCCAGCCGUUCCAGAGAUUAGCCGGAACAAACAAACAGACAGACAAAAAUUGUAAAAAAUGUUAUUUUAGUGUAUGUACCGUAUAUAUAUUCAUAUGCAUGUAGUAAAAAGCGGUUAUUUCACUAUUACAAACAGACACUCCAAUUUUAUUUAUAUGUAUAGAUAGACGAAGCCCCUAUUCAUGUAAGAGUUGUAAUCGUUUCAUACUAAUAUUUAUCUAAUUUUCAGGCUGGUUCACACCUCCGAAAGAGGAUGGGUAAUUGGAACUGCGGAGCGCUGUGUAACGAUUUGUUACGCCCAACGUAACUACCAUGUUAAUAUGAGUGAUAGCUGACUGCGCGUCAACAUUUCCAUAACGUUUGUCUGUCUGUAUGCGCGACUCGUUUUUAUGUAUGUGCUGAAUAUGAAUGGACGUUUUGCGAGUAUUGUACGUGUAUUAUUGUAAGUGGUAAUGUUCUGAAUCAAGUGCGGGGCGUUAACGAAAGACUAUACAAGACUUAUAGGAAGAAAAAUUAAAGUUUACUGUGUAACGUUUUUUGUAAUCAUUAAUUUCUCAUUGAACGUUAACCGUAUGGUAGCCCUAGAAGUUACUGGAGUGUAAAGUUGAUAAGAUCUUUGCAUUUCUUUAGUUAUUAUUGAAAUAAAUGAAAAAAAACCUGUGAUUCUUUA